CAGAUGCUUAAAAUCUCUAUUUUUUAAUCCAUCCCGAGCCUGACAAUUUACAAAUAGUCCUUUGCCUUAAAUCAAAUACUUUUCCUGUUUGAUUUUCCGGUGUUGGAAUCAUAUUUAAUUUUAGUUGGUAAUCAGAAGACCCAGAAGCCAUGGGUGUGGUUGUAUUCUAUGUUCUGGUACUGCUGGCCAGGGUCAUGGGCCAAGGGAGUGAGGCAGACACAUGUGCGAGCCACACUGAUGAUUGCAACGACUGCAUCAAGGAUCCUAGUGUCUGCGUAUGGUGUGCUUUGACACAGUUCGACGGCGCGCGAUGCCAAUCGUCCAGAUUGGUCUCUGAGAACUGGUGCCUCGGAGCAGUACAAAAUCCAAAUAACACAAUCUCCACAGACCCCAUCAAAAACGUAGACUUCAGCUCUGACAUAGGCAAAGUAAUCCAGAUUAAGCCCCAAGAGGUCACACUGGAUUUGCGCGCAGGUCAGCCGCAGGAGUUCAGUUUUUCUUACAAACCAGCAUCGAACUACCCAGUCGACCUUUACUUCUUACUGGAUGCAUCGUCCACGAUGGCAGGAAUUAAAGAUAAGAUUGAAGAACAGGCCUUGAACAUAUUUGCCACUAUGCAGGAGUUAACAACCAAUAUCAAGUUAGGAAUGGGGACCUUCGUCGAUAAAAACGCGAUACCUUUUACCGACAUAUUGAAUAGCACAAACACAUACUCCUUUAGAAAUCAUUUGAGUUUAACAGACAACUCGACCCAGUUCAAGGACACGGUUCACAAGCCUUUACAAGGAUACAACUUUGACGAACCAGAAGGAGGUUUGGAUGCACUGGCACAGGUCAUCACCUGCACAGAUCUCAUCAAGUGGAGGACUGAGUCCAGAAAACUGAUCCUGCUUUUCACUGAUGGACCUUUUCACCAAGCUGGUGAUGGAAUUUCAGCAGGCAUUUACAAACCCUACGAUGGCCAAUGUUACAUGAAAGAUGGUGUUUAUACAAACGAAUUAAACAUGGAUUACCCUUCCGUGAGCAUCAUUAGAAAAUUAGCAUCAGAUCAACAAAUCACUAUUAUUUUUGCUGUACAUAAGAAUGUAGAUAAUAUUUACAGUCAUCUCAGUGAAGCCAUAAGUGGAUCAAAAUAUGUUACAAUCGAUGAUGGCAAAAAGAUAACAACUGUUCUUACCGACAUUUAUGAAGAAAUAACUCGAACCAUAAAAUUAAAAGUAAAUAUACCUUCUGAACAUAAUGAUGACUUCCAUAUUACAUUCCAUCCGGAUUGUGCUACGACUAAAGUAAAUACCUUAAAUUGUAAUGUAAAGAAGGUGGAAGAGAAACAAUUCAUUGGUACUAUAACAGCUUUAAACUAUUUUGAAGAAAAAACAAAAAACGAAACUGAAAUUGACAUAAUAAUCGAAGGAAUUAACGAGAAGUUAACUCUUAAAGUAAAUUUAAUAAAAGACUGCGACUGUCCAAAUGCUGUGGUUCAAUCACCGCUAUGUAACAAUGCAGGAACAUUUACAUGCGGAGUGUGCAAAUGUGAUGAGCAUAGAUAUGGUGAGAAGUGCGCUUGCCUGACGAACAGCCUGCCCGGUGAGCCGAAGAACCCGGGCGCCGACGACAACUCCACCUGCAUCGCCAAGGGCGACAAGGAACUGUGCAGCGGCCACGGAUCCUGCAUUUGCGGAUCUUGCAUUUGCAUCAGUGACUCGCCCUACGUGGGAAAGUAUUGCCAAUUCAACAGCGACAAUUGCCCGAGACACAACGACGAAGUAUGCAACGGGCACGGGAAGUGCAUAGAAGAAAAAUGCGUUUGCUCCAAGGAGUGGAAUGGUGACGCCUGCCAGUGUCCUAGCUUCAACAAACGAUGCAUCGGAUCAAGCGGAGAACUAUGCAAUGGGAGAGGCGAAUGCCGGUGCGGGGAGUGCGUGUGUGAUCGCACUGCUGCUUGGGACGCCCGGGAGAACCUGGACCGUCACUGCGAGAUACUGCCUUGUCCCGACUGCCACAACCCCCAAUGCAUCAUGCUAGAAGCCUGCGCCAAGUGCACCUUCUCCGAGGAAACCUGUCCAAUGUGCCACAAUGGUACCAAAAUCACGCGCGUAGAAUUCCUUAAUUCUACGGAGGAUUCUUCGUGGAAUAUUUGCCCAGACCUGAGAGUGGAAGUCGGGUGCUACACCCGGUAUAUGUAUAGAUACGAUGACAGUGUGUAUGGCAUUGAACUGGCGGUACAAACCUAUAAGAAUUGCUUGGAGAGUUACUACUUAUACGGCGGGAUAUGCCUAGGAUCCAUCAUCCUGAUAGGGAUAGCCACCCUGGUGGGCUGGAAGUGGCUGACGGACGCCCAGGACCGACGGGAGUACGAGCAGUUCCUCAAGGAACACGCGGACGACCACGAGGAGGAACCACAGACGAACCCAAACUACCGGCCUGCCUCCACCACAAUAUCCAAUCCAGUCUUCAGGAAACUCUCAGUAGACUUCAAAUAAAAUAAAUACGUAAACUCUUUACAACGUCAUUCGAUGUAACGCCACACUCUCUAAAACGUCGAUUUUACUUAUUUCCCAAUAAACAUUUAAGCUGGAAAAAAAAUAUUUUAUCCAAUACAAUAACAGCUAGAAGUUUUGUAAACGUUAUACAAAGGCGUGGAAAUAUCUUUCUAUCCGCUCUACCACGGUGCUCUACCGUGCCUCCUUAUUUAACGUUCCUCCUUCUCUUCUCUCUCUUAACUCCUUAUACAGGGUGACUGGAACUGAACCCGCCAUA